AUGCAGGAUCCAUAUUUUGUACUGGAAGGUCCUACCCGUGCUGUUAUGUUUUCAGAUGUAUUGUCCGAUCCUUUGAUCAUCGAGGUUGACCUCAAAGUAAAAGGUGCUACUGAGUCUGAGGAUGGAUACUUGAGCUUUCUAGUUUCUCCAUUAACAUGCUCCGGCAUGCUUUCACGUGUGUUUAAAUGUGCCUACACUACCAAGCAUAGCAGACUGGAGUUUUCGCUUGGCCACAUUGUUUCCUCUGUGGAGGCUACGAUAUUUGUGAGAGUCAUUGAUGGGUCAUGGCCACAUGGUUUGCAUGGUCUAUUUACUGUUUCUACUACCGGUUUCAGUGACAGAAAUACCACAAAGUAUAGCGCUGGUGUUGGUCACGAGAGAAUCGCCUUACUUGAUUCUGGAGGUCAGGAAGUGCCUAUUGCCGGUGAUGGCAAGAUAAAGCUUUCACGGAAUGUUAUCUCAACUGAAAAUUGUGGAGAGGUGAUAUUUCAGGUCAAGGCACUGGAAGGUGACAUCAAAGUUGUGGAAAAAGAUACCAUUUUUCACCCUUUGGAAGCUAGUAAAAGUAUCAGUGAGCUUGACAUGGGGUUCUGUAAAAUGGAGGUCACUGUUUUUUGGUCGCGUGUUUCGUGCAAUCCUUAGGUGAAGAAUUGAAGUUGUGAGGGCAAUCACGUGUUCCAUACUACCUGUGUAAGAUUCAUGGUAUACUUGGAUGCUUUUGCGAGAUGCAUAUGCUGUGCAGUGGUAUGUGUAUUGCAAUCUAGGAAUUGAUACCCUAGCUAUUUAUGUCGUAACUUGCUUGUAAGUAAAUAUUGGGAGCUGUAUUGUCUGCCAA